CAGUAGUAACCCCCUGGCCUGGUCACAGCCGGGCGCUCGACGGGCACCCUCUGUCUAUCGCCCUCGGGUCGCGGGUCCCUCUUCUCACACCCCGCCAGGGGCGAUCUCCCCCAGGUCCAGCUCGACCCCCGGCAGAGAAAUCCGAGAGGAGGUCACCGGACCUCGCCAGCACCCCGAGGUCCGCGGGCGAAGAUCCACCCGAGAUAGGAUGACCUCCUGCAGAGGCAUCGUCGUCAGCGGUAGGAGCGGCACUGCAAGAACCACCACCACCGCCAGCAACGGGGGUGGUGAUACCAGAUCGAUCUCUCUCGGCUCUCGAACCUCGAGAGCGGGAACCGCCUAAGAGUCGCGCGUGAUCUCGCGAGGAGCUGGACCGGUUCCAGAAGACGAGGUCGGGCUUCGUCGAACCCUCCAGGUCCGUGGCGGGGCGGGUGGAGGGUGAGGCUCUUCAGGGCGGGUAGGGGGAUGCGGCGCGAAAGGGAAGCGGCAUGGAGGAGCCCUCGCUGGAGGCUCUCAUGCAGGCGGGCCUCAUCUUCGUGGUCGGCGUCGCCAUCAUCCUCUCGAAUCUGCUCAUCAUCGCCACCUACCUCAACUUCCGGGGUCCCUCCGAGGUGAUAAACUACUAUCUGCUAUCGCUCGCCUCGGCGGAUCUGCUCUGCGGUCUCCUGGUGGUCCCGUUGUCGGUCUACCCCGCGCUGGUGCGGAGAUGGGUCUACGGGGACAUAGUUUGCCGCCUGGUGGGCUACCUCGAGGUGACCCUCUGGGCCGUCUCCGUGUACACGUUCAUGUGGAUCUCCGUCGACCGAUAUCUCGCCAUCAGGAAGCCGCUGCGCUACGAGACCGUGCAGACGAAGACGCGCUGCCAGUGCUGGAUGGUCUUCACGUGGAUCAGCGUGGCGAUGAUGUGCUGCCCGCCCUUGCUCGGCUUCAACAAGCCGAUCUUCGACCGCGAGGCCUUCAUCUGCAUGCUCGACUGGGGCAACAUGGCCGCGUACACGAUUACCCUCUCCAUCCUGGUCCUGGGCCCGUCGGUGAUCACCAUCGUCUACACCUACUUCUACAUCUUCUCCAUGAUGCGGAGGCUCAGGUCGGGCGUGCCUAUCCACGAUAAGGAGUACGCGACCGCGCUCUCGGAGAACCUGAGCAACCCCAGCCACAUCAUGUCCUUCGUCCUGGUGAUGGCCUUCUGGCUGUCCUGGGCACCCUACGCCGGCUUCAGGAUCUACGCGGUGGUGAACGGCCCGCCGCAGGUGCCGUUCCUGCACUUCGCGGUGGUGUGGUUCGGGGUGACCAACAGUUUCUGGAAGGCCGUGGUGCUGGGGACCCUGAGUCCCCAGUUCCGGCUGGCGGCCCGGGUGCUGUGCCUGACCCUGUGCUGCCGGCACAGACGUUUGCCUCCGGAGCUGCUGGGCCUGGACGACGACGACUAGACGAAGAGGCCCCACGAGACGGGGCCCGACGCACGCGGCGCGCCGCGCUAACUUAAUCUCGCUUCGCUCAACCUAGGAAUCGUUGAUUAGUGCUGAACCCGAAGAGGGCCUCACCGGCUGGCCCAGGCCAGGAGUCGGUCCCGGAGAGAGAACCCAGUCAAUUUCCAAGGAGGGCCCGGGCCCAGGAGAGGGCCCUCCGGCGAGGCUGGCCGGCUGGAGGGACCCCGAAGAGGUCGUUUCGCGGGACCCUAAAAAAUCCAUUAUGGGCCCCGAGGGACUCCGAAGAGGUGAUUCUGGACAUCGACGGACCCCGAAGAGGCUGUUUCAAUGCCGAGGGCCCAUCGACGACCGCCGAGUUUUCCUUCGAAUGAGCCUCGGCCAGGCCCCGCGGCCCUCCGGGGCCCGGUCCCAUCCUCUUUCGCGCCCCCGGUCUCCUCCUGGAGACGCCGACUAUGGGCCCCGAACGACGUCGGGCCCACUGCCCCGAUCGUCGAGCCGAUUACUUACUCGCCGUCGUACACGCGUAGCGCGCAAUCAGCGGGCCCACGGUCGGGCCCCGGGCCCGCCACUCGCGCCGGCCGUACUUCCGGCGUUCGAUGAUGUUACUAUUAUUACAUUAUACAAGUAUACACGUUGCAUUGCAUUGUAUCGCAUAUUUAUUGUUGUAUGAUAUGGGCCGAGAGGGCGCGCCUCGGGAGUACCGCCGACGCGGCCGGUGAUGGGGCCCCGAAAGGGGGACUCACCUCGCGGGGCCUGACUCGCCCGGGCGGGGACACGGCUCGUUGAAUUUUUGUACCUAGUCGCUAGUUUUGUACUAGUUUUGUAACGUACCGCGCCGUGGCCGACGCGGACGGGCUCGAUUUUUGGGCCCUAGGGCCCGGAAUCAGGGCCCGGUCCGCGCGGCGCCCCGUCGCUCGUUUCAGCUGCGUGUUUCAGCUCUUGCUUCGAGUACCUAGCUUGUACCUAGGUGUGUACCUAGGUAUGUACCCGUGGUAUAUAGUCGCCCGAUAGUCGGCGCCCGAUGGGGCGGUCGGGGUCGCGACACGGCCUAACCCCGGGGCCUGAUCCUCGACGGGCCCAAUGGGGAAUUUUCGACGAUCGAUCGGCGCGGUGUUACACGAUUAUUGUCCUAGAGACUAGAGUAGAGAAUUAAGUACGUAAUAAAAGUGCGAGAACGUAGGAGCCUCGAGUCU